CUUUAACACUGACUUUAACUUUAACACAGACUUCAACACUAACACAGACUUUAACACAGACCUCAACACAGACUUCAACACUAACACAGACUUUAACACAGCCCUUAAACCCACCACAACAACACCAACCACCACCAGCAGUGUGGUGGUGGUGGUGGUUGUUGCUGUUGUGGUGCUGUAGAAGGCCCAGGGCCUGGUCCAGGCGACGCGGCGAGCAUCGAGGCCUAUGCGGGCUUCACAAACAUCGCCGCACGUGGCUUCGACAGCGCUGCCGUGGCUGUCCUAACGCCUAAUUACAUCGCCAGCUUUCAUUCGAAGGCGACAUUUACGCCAGGUUGACUCCCCUGGACUUGGCCCAGCGGAGGCAGAAGUCGCGAGCGACGUCACAGCUGCCCUGCGCUUCGUUCGCACCACGAGCGAAGCCAUCGGAGAGUGAGUCACCCUCCACGUGACGUCGCUCACCCUCCACCGUCAUGGCCGGCCUCGUUUCCCGCCCGCUGACCCUGCUCUCCCGCCCGCUGUCUCUCCUCGCCUCCGCCGGGGCCUCCGCCGGGGCCUCCGCCGGGGCCUCCGCCGGGGGUGUCAAUGGGACCGCCACCGGGGCCUCCACCGGGGCCUCCUCCGGGGGUGUCAAUGGGACCGCCACCGGGGCCUCCGCCGGGGCCUCCGCCACGGCCUCCACCGGGGCCCCCGCUCCCCUCCUGCCCCCGCGUUGGGCGGCCGCGUGGGGCCCUCUGGCGGCUCGGAGGGCCUACGGCACGGGGCCCCCAACGCCGGGGCACGGGACGGCCGUGGCGGAGGAGCAGGAGGAGCAGCAGCAGCAGGAGCAGCAGCAGGAGCAGCAGCAGGAGGAGCAGCAGGAGGAGGUCUCAGGCGUGCUUCGCCGUGACGACGAGGGCACGCUGGAGGUGCUCUGGCACGGGGGAGCGAGGCGCCGCUACCCCUACGUCUGGCUCAGGGACAACUGCGUCUGCCCCGACUGCUUCCUGCCGUCGGCCCAGGCACGGAGGUCGGCCAUGGCCCGGCUGGACCCCAACACCGGCGUGGCGGAGGUGGCGGUCGCCAACUCCGGCCAGGUGAGUGACGUGGUGCUG